AAGAAAAUGUUUCUUACAAGCAAUGCAUCAGAGUGGCUAAACCAGCAGUGAACUCCAAGAAUGCCUUAACUUGUUUUUCUUGCAAGACCUUCGUCACAGAUGCUCAUAGAUGUUAUAUAUAAUGUUGAAGAAGACUAAACAACAUUGACUAAGCAAAAAUAGCCAAUGGAAGAUAUGAAGAUAAAAUCCCUUUCUUCCUUCUUUCUUCUGUUUCUCAUAGCCAUUACUCACACACAUGUUUGUUUAGCAGAAUGUGAUAACGUGAAGGACUAUUGCCCUACAAGUACGAAACCCCAAAAGCAAGUCAUAUUCAUCAAUGGCCUCUCCUGUGAGAACCCAGAUAACACAAGUGCCCAUGAUUUCAAGAGCAAUGAAUUAAGCAAACCUGGUUCCAGGGACGAUUUUGGUGCCCUGGUUAAAAUUGUUACUGCUUCAAAGUUUGUGGGGCUGAACACUCUUGGCCUUGCGAUUGGUAGAAGUGACAUUGAAGUGGAUGGGCUUGUGAACAUCCACAAUCAUCCCAGAGCCACUGAGAUGGUCUAUGUGAACCAAGGUAGGUUGCUGGCUGCGUUUCUCAACACCCAAAACCAGCUCUUCCAAAACACUCUCAAUGCCGGUGACGUCUUUGUCAUUCCCAAGGGCUUGUUCCAUUUCUUCCUCAACCGUGGUGAACAAGUUGCAACUUUCUUUUCAGUCUUCAACGCCCAAAAUCCAGGGCUAGGAUCACUCUCUCCCCAACCUUCUCAAUCGGUUCAGAAGAUAAAGAUCAAGCUCAAUUCACUCUCUCACUCACAAUUUCAUGCUGAUACUGAUUUCACUUUGGAGUUGCUUGAUAUCGUUUCUGACCAUUUGUAAUUAAGAAAGCUUUUGAAAAGAAAGUUCACACUUCCAAUGGAAUGUUACUUAUAUAAAAGGUUUAAAAUUAGUAAACUAAUAUGAAGUCGUUGUAGUAUAGUGGUAAGUAUUUCCGCCUGUCACGCGGACGACCCGGGUUCGAUCCCCGGCAACGGCGGCGCUUUAAUCAUUUUAAGAAUUUGUUUUUUACUAUGUAAAGUGUUAAUUUGAAUUAUGCGUUAAUACAUGUUAAUGUUUUAGU